AUGUCAACCAUCAUCAACUCAGAAGAAUCGGGUCCUGUGGACACCACUCAAGCAGGCACGGCAUCACACACGAGGGCUCUUUAUGAUACUGGCGCCAAAUUGUUUACAAAAUAUACUAUGGCAUGGGUCGCCAAUGAACUCAGGCUCUGUGAGGAAGAUAUGUCGAGUGGUCUUGAGCGACGUAUUGCCACAUUACCGCGUAUCGAUGGAAGCUUUAAGGAACUAGACAUUUCUCUGGUUCCUCCGACACCAUCCCAUGACAAAGAAAGACCUGGUGACUCACACUGUGUGAUUGACUACGUCGGGAUCGAACGCCUCGCAUAUGACGGUGACAACGAGGAUCUCCAGUGUACGGAUCCGUAUUUUCCCAUGACUAUUGAGGUUACCACCAGAACCAACCCUGAUGGUGGUGCUAAUGAACAUGAUAACGAUCAUGAUAAGAAUAAGCACGUGUCCUCUGUGGAUGGACUAUGCGGAGUGUUCUCAGGCAUACGGCGAGUGUGGAUAAGGAGGGAGUUUUGCAAUGAGCUUCGAGCAGUACUCAAUGCAGUGAAGCCUCCUGCCGUCUUAAACAAGAUUUUUGGUGUUGCAUUAGGGUCCCUUUGCGCGGGAACGAAGCUUCAACACCGGGCAAUCUAUCAACAUGCGCUGAUACCCACCAUUCAGUCAAUUCUACUCCAGCGCCGCGUAGUGUCGGUAUCGUGUAAGCGUUAUGUACAAGACCCAGCAUAUACUCAACGAGAUAAAGACGUUUUAUCCCAUCAGGGGCUGGAGGUCCUUGACGAUCCUCACGCUUUCUUGGCGUUGGAUGGUUCUAGCGUUCUAGUCUCAAUUUGCCCUACAAUCUCGGUGAAACAGAUCGUGGCAGAUAUCUGCCGCCCAGGUAUUAUCAUAUGGGCGAGAUUUCCAUAUCAACUGAUGGAUGAUGAUCGAACUUUUUUCCUCGCAGACGAAGAACCGUCAAGGGUAACAGAAAUGCUUGAGAACGAUUACUGCGAGUUCGACUUUCCAUAUCAUGAGUACAUUGAGGCUCCAUUCGGUAUAGCCAUAUAUGUCCGAAAGGGCGCUUGA